AGGCCGUCCCGGCACAGCUACUACGGUUCCGGUUGUUUCUCUCUGGUUCACACUGCACUCCCUCCAAUUCCAAUCCCUACAGUUCGCUGAUUCUCGACUCUGUAUCUAUCCAAGUCUCCGUACUCUCCUUUUUCACAAUUGAAUUGAUAUCACAGAAAUCUCUCUUUCAUGGACGCGCUCUCGCCGGCGAACGGACUCAAACUCCAACUACCAGCGCUCAAUUCUCGACAUGCUCGUACAUUUUUCACUCAGUUCGUUGCUGUUCCGAGGAGGAGGUCGGGCAGUGUGUUAAAGAAUGGUCGUGUUCGUGCGCUGGCUAAGAAUCCUGGGAUAGAUUUCUGUGAUCCUGAGUGGAAAUCGAAGUUUCAGAAGGAUUUUGAGAAUCGGUUCUACAUUCCUCACAUCACUGAUGUAUUCGACGACGCUGUUGCAAUUCCCUCUACCUUUUGUCUCAAGAGCAGGACUCCUGUAAAUGAAGAUUUUGCAGAUGGUUAUCCUUCUGAUGAGAAGUGGCAUGGAUACAUUAACAAUAGUGACAGAGUACUUCUUAAGGUCAUAUACUACUCCUCCCCUACAUCCGCUGGUGCUGAGUGCAUUGAUCCUGAUUGUACUUGGGUGGAGCAAUGGGUUCACCGUGCUGGGCCUCGGGAAAAAAUAUACUUCAAACCUGAAACAGUAAAUGCAGCAAUUGUAACUUGCGGAGGGCUCUGCCCUGGUCUUAAUGAUGUUAUCAGACAGAUUGUUAUUACACUCGAAAUAUAUGGUGUAAAAAACAUUGUGGGAAUUCCUUUUGGCUAUCGUGGAUUUUCUGAAGAAAUAGCUGAAAUGCCUCUGUCCAGGAAAGUGGUUCAAAAUAUUCAUCUUUCUGGCGGAAGUUUGCUAGGAGUUUCACGUGGGGGACCCAGUGUUGCUGAAAUUGUUGAUAGUAUGGAGAAAAGAGGAAUCAACAUGCUUUUUGUGUUGGGUGGAAAUGGUACUCAUGCUGGUGCCAAUGCAAUACACAAUGAGUGCCGUAAACGACGUAUGAAGGUGGCAAUAGUUGGUGUUCCAAAAACCAUAGACAACGAUAUUCUACAUAUGGAUAAAACUUUUGGUUUUGAUACUGCUGUUGAAGAAUCACAAAGAGCAAUUAAUUCAGCAUACAUAGAGGCGCAUAGUGCUUAUCGUGGAAUUGGUAUUGUGAAAUUGAUGGGACGUAGCAGUGGAUUUAUAACCAUGCAAGCAUCCUUAGCUAGUGGACAAAUUGAUAUAUGUUUGAUCCCAGAGGUACCAUUUCAUUUACAUGGCCCUCAUGGUGUCCUGAGUCACCUGAAGUAUCUACUUGAGAAAAAAGGAUCAGCUGUAGUCUGUGUAGCAGAGGGAGCUGGGCAGAAUUUUCUUGAGAAAACUAAUGCUACAGAUGCAUCUGGAAAUAUUGUAUUUGGAGAUAUUGGUGUACAUAUUCAACAAGAGACAAAGAAAUAUUUUAAAGCAACUGGCAAUCCAGCUGAUGUCAAGUAUAUAGAUCCAACGUACAUGAUUCGUGCAUGCCGUGCAAAUGCAUCAGACGGAAUUCUAUGCACUGUACUAGGACAAAAUGCUGUUCAUGGUGCUUUUGCUGGAUAUAGUGGAAUUACAGUGGGUAUAUGCAACACUCACUAUGUCUACCUUCCCAUUCCUGAAGUCGUUUCUUACCCCAGAGUUGUGGACCCUAACAGCCGCAUGUGGCAUCGUUGCUUGACUUCAACAGGCCAGCCUGAUUUUGUUUGAUCAGCGAGCUUUGUCAUCUACACUAGAGACUCGAGAAACCUUUGCUCAUAAAGGGUAAACUAGAGAGCAGAAAGCCUGUUUGGAAUGGUAGCUGGAUAGUCAGCUUACCUCGUUCUAUGGUAGAAAUAAUACAAGGGAUUAUGUUCCCUACAAAUUUGAACAAUUUUUUUUAAGUGUAUAGCAUUAUUAUGCCAGUUCUCAGUAGGCGCCUCAAUAAUAAGUCCUUAGAAAGCAUGCAAGCAGUUUGUUGCUUGGUUUUUAAUGUUUUAUUUAUCAUGUUUGUAUUCAAGGGGAAACGUAUUUGGUGGAUUUAGAGACAAUGAAAAACACAAAACUUAAUGGCUUUAUAUGGAGAAAUUGAGCUGCAAA